AUGACCUCGAGAACGGCUUUCGCUAGGACUGGCCUGUUAGGUGGAAAGAGGGUUGGAACUCUGGAGGAUAUAUUAAGGCUGUCACUUGUUCAUUGGUGUUCAAGGCUCAUGGCUACUGAGGUGGAGGGUUCAGGUGUAUCACCUACCUCUCCCGCUGUACGGGUUCUUCCCCCGGAGCCGCCGGCGGAGAUACCCUUCGCAAUUAGGAAACCGCCCACCGUCCUCGCUACUAUCUAUCGAUUCCCUACGCUCGAGCCUCUGCGUUUCCAAUCCUUCCCCACAACCUUCCUGCAUCUCCCAACACGCCGGGAUAUCCUACAUAGAGCUAUAACAUAUGAAGGCGAUGCUGCUCGUUCCGGAAACGCAAAUACAAAGUGGCGUGGAGAUGUGCAUGGCAGUGGGCGCAAGAUCCGUCCACAGAAAGGAAGUGGUAGGGCUCGCCUCGGAGACAAAAAAUCACCUAUGCUUCGAGGAGGAGGUGUAGCCCACGGCCCCAAACCUCGAGACUUUUCUACGGAUCUACCCAAGAAGAUGUACAAUUUGGCUUGGAGAACCGCAUUCAGUUAUCGGUAUCGGCGUGGGCAGUUGAUUGUCGUUGAGGAUGCGCUCGAGAUUCAAGCUAAUGAUCCGGGGUUGGCCAAUUCCAUUAUUAAGAAGAAUGGGUGGGGCAAUGAGAACUCGAGGAGCUUGUUUAUAGUGAAUGAGGAGAGACCGAAUUUCAUGGGUGCUAUGGAGGGGUUGGGGUCUGAGGGAUUGGUGCUGACGAAGGAGGAGGUAGAUGUCAAGGAUCUUCUAGAGAUGGGAAGAAUCGUGAUCGAGAGGGAAGCAUUGGAGUGGUUCCGAAAGGAACGGUCGUAAAUGUGUAGCAUAAAUAAAUAUCAUCACACAUGUUUGUUCGAA